AUGAAAGAUCUUGGUGAACUUAAAUACUUUCUAUGGAUUGAGUUCUCUAGAUCUCAUGAAGGAAUUGUUAUGUGCCAAAGGAAGUAUGCUCUAGAACUAGUUUCUGAACUAGGCCUAGCUGGUGCAAAGCCAGCAACAACACCUCUGGAGUUCAAUCAGAAGCUCACAUCCAUUGAGUUUGACAAGCAAAUACCAGAUGUUAGAUCUACAGUUGAUAAAGAACUUGAAGACAAGGGAGGCUAUCAGAGACUAGUUGGAAGGUUGUUGUACUUAACCAUGACAAGGCCUGACAUUGCCUUUGUGUUUCAAGUGCUCAGUCAGUAUAUGCAUGCACCUAAAGUUUCUCGCAUGGAGGUUGCCCAAAGAGUGGUGAGGUACAUUAAAACUGCUCCUGGACUUGGACUGUUUAUGCCUGCAAAAGCAAGCAAAUCUCUGUGUGCAUACUGUGAUUCUGAUUUGGGGGGCUUGUGUAGAGUCAACGAGAUCAGUGAUAGGCUACGUAGUGAAAUUUGGUGA